CGCUUUUUGAGGGUCUUCUAUUUUCAGAAGAAGAGAGGUUAGGCGAUAAAAGUUCUGAAAGAAUUCUGAAAAGUUUUUCAAAAAAACUGCCAAGAUGACCAUCGGCAAAAAUAAUAAGAUGUUACAACACAUCAACUAUAGAGUCAGGAUUAUUUUGCAAGACUCUAGGACAUUCAUAGGUACAUUUAAGGCUUUUGACAAGCAUAUGAACUUGAUACUUGGUGAUUGUGAGGAAUUCCGUAAAAUUAAGCCAAAGAAUACUAAGCAGCCAGAAAGGGAGGAAAAGCGUGUGUUAGGAUUUGUGCUUCUACGUGGCGAAAACAUAGUUUCCAUGACGGUGGAAGGUCCACCACCUCCGGAAGAAGGAUUGCCUAGAGUACCGAUCCCUGGUGCAGCGCCAGGACCAGGCAUGGCUCGUGCUGCAGGUAGAGGUAUGCCGGCGAAUGUUGCAGGAGUGCCAGCUGGACUUCAGGGUCCCGUUAGGGGCGUUGGAGGCCCAUCGCAACAAAUUAUGACACCUGGGAGCAGAGGACAAGUCUCGGCACCGCCUCAAAUACAUCCCGGUGGUCCUCCACGUAUGCCGGUUGGUGGACCACCACCAGGAAUGAUGGGACCACCGACUGGAAUGAUGGGAAUGCCACCCGGAAUGCCGCCUAUCGGACGCGGUGGUCCACCCAUGGGACCACCUGGGAUGAGAGGCCCGCCUCCUGGUUUAAUGCGUGGUGGUCCACCUCCUCGUCCGUAUUAACAGCUUUGUAUUAUUAUAUUUUAUAAUACAAUAAAAAACAAUAAGAUUUUCAUAUUGA